AUGAUGGGAAAACCUCAAACGUUCCUAAAGUCUAAAAUGAAACUAACCGAGUGGCAGAGGUAGCGAAGAGAGAGAACACCAAACACAAACAGAGAGAACACCAAACACAAACACAAUCGGUGGUAGUUUUCUCCGAUUCUUAACACAUCCGAAAGUAUUAGGUGAUGUCGGAAUGGAACCAAACGACGAGAACGCAGGCAGCACCAGCAGAGAGGAGCAAGAAGAGGCAUUGGUGGCUUUGAUCGAACACCGAACCCGCGAAGUCAAAAACCUCCGUCUCCGUUUCGCUUAUUACAAAACCCAGCUUCACGAUGCGGAGCAAAAGUUGCAAGAUACUGAAUCCAAAUUGGCUCGUCUUCGAGGUCACACUAAAGCAGUGUCAUCCCGAAAUACCGUCGAUGAUGAAAUUAAAACUGUGAAGACAGAGCGCAGAUCAAAUAGUCCCAUUGAUAGAAAUGAAGGCUCUAUCAGAAACCGACAUCAAUCUAAACCAGAACUUCUUAUUCCUUCAGUGAAUCCAAAAAUUUCACAACCUGUAUUGUUGCCUAAGCCUUCUUCAAAAGCUUCAGUAAGUUCCAAUUCUGAGGCCACUCCUGGAAUCCAUAAUUCUCCAAUCACAGGUGAUAGCUCUAGGGGAAAAUCUGACAAGUCCCAUAGUCAUAGACUUUCUUCUGAGCAGCAAAAAACUGAAAUCAAGGACAAAGGAACAAAAAGGAAAUUUGAACAAAAAGAACACAAGGAAUUGAUUCCUUUAAUAUGCAAGAGUUCUUCACCAAGCUUAGUACGCUCUCAAACAAGCAACCACAUCUCAAGUCAACACAAGAGGAAAUUGCGGAGUAUUGCUUUGUGCCCUGUGAAUGAUCAGCUUUUUGUGACCAGUGCUCUGGAUGGAAUGGUCAACUUCUGGCAAAUUCAGGCUAAGGGAGCAGGAGCCUCUCGUCUUAGCACCACUGAUUGUGCAUCCCAAAAGCAGAGGAGGUGGCCAGAAGAUUUAGUUUGGCACCCAGAAGGAAACAGCCUAUUUGCAGUAUACAGUGCUGAUGGUGGCGACUCUCAAGUAUCGAUUACAAAUCUGAAUAAAGGACAACAAGGGGGAGAACGCGUAAAGUUCUUAGAGGACAAGCCUCAUGUUAAGGGAAUUAUCAAUGGCAUUGUUUUUAUGCCAUGGGAAAAUAUAUGUUUUGUAACUGGUGGAAGUGAUCAUGCUGUUGUACUUUGGAGUGAGCAGGAGGGUGAAAAGUGGAAACCAAAGGCAUUGCACAGGAAUCUUCACUCAUCUGCUGUAAUGGGAGUUGCCGGUAUGCAGCACAAGCAGAUGGUGUUAUCUGUUGGUGCAGAUAGGAGGAUAUUUGGGUAUGAUGUUCAUGUAGGAAGAGCGGAUUUCAAGCAUCAGGUUGAUAGCAAAUGCAUGAGUGUGCUGCCCAAUCCGUGCGACUACAAUUUAUUCAUGGUUCAAACAGGGACCCAUGAGAGACAACUUCGGUUGUUUGAUAUUAGAUUGAGGAAUACAGAACUUCAUGCUUUUGGAUGGAAGCAAGAAAGCAGUGAUUCUCAAUCAGCUCUGAUAAAUCAGUCUUGGUCUCCUGAUGGACUAUAUAUAACAUCUGGUUCUGCAGAUCCUGUGAUUCACAUAUUCGAUAUAAGGUAUACUGCCCACAAGCCUUCCCAAUCUAUAAGAGCACAUCAGAAACGAGUCUUCAGAGCCAUGUGGCUUCAGUCCAUUCCUCUUGUCAUUUCCAUAUCAUCCGAUCUUAACAUUGGACUGCACAAAGUUUACGCAUGAAACCUCCUUUGAGUAUGUAGUCCUAUUUCAUUUGGGAUUUUUAGGUGAUAAAGUUAUUUUUUGUACGUGGAAUUUUGUGGCAACUAGCAACGGUCAAAGGGAGGAAUUUAACUUGAAAACACAAAAUCAGGAAAAUUUUGACUGGAGAAGGCCUUCUCAGAGGUGUAUUUUACUUUUUUGUUUCUACGGUGAAAUAUACAUUUCUUUUUUCCUUUGUUUAUCAAAGCAGAAGAAAUUAUGAACAAUUUUGUAGUUUAUUAUUUUACGAGGAUAAAGUUCCGAGAGAAGUAUUAUUUGUGUUUUAAAAGUC